AUGGCCCUUAUUAGCCAUACUAAAAUAAAAAUAUUUAUGUUUUUAGUUAUAGUAUUUAUAAUAUUUCAGUUUCUAAAGUUUUUACCGUGGCUUCAAUUAACUAAAAAAUCUGUACCAGAUUACAAUUCAGGUUCAUCCCUUGUUGCACCAGUUUCAGUAACCGUAUUUUACGAAGCAUUAUGUCCUGAUUCUAAAAAUUUUAUUAUAAAACAUCUUUUACCGACUGUUAAUAGAGCAUCACGACUUUUAAAUGUGACCUUAGUACCUUACGGUAAAGCACAGACAGAAAUAAAUAAUGAUGGAAAUUUUUUAUUUUCUUGUCAACAUGGUCCAAUUGAAUGUGCAGCGAAUAAAAUUCAUGCUUGUUCAAUUUCAAAAAUCACAAAUCAAGUUUUACAAAUAAAAUAUGUUUCAUGUAUGAUAUCUGAUAAUAUAAUUCCUGAAUUAAUAGGAGAAAAAUGUGCCAAAGAAUUACUUAUAGAUUGGAAACCUAUAUCAGAUUGUUCUCAGUCAGAUUUAGGAAAUGUUCUUUUAAGUAAUUAUGGAAAACUGACACAUUCUUUACAUCCGAAAAUUGAUUUCAUACCAACAGUCUUAAUUAAUAAUGUGAGUUAA